AUGGACACAACCUCUAGUGCUCUUGUGAUAUUUGCUCUUUUUUUCAUUGAAAGACUUGAGUUCAUUUGUAGUAGUACAAAUUCAAAUGUGAGCUGCAUAGCAAGUGAGCGAGAAGCUCUUAUGAAAUUCAAAGGAAAUCUCAUAGAUGAAGCAAACCGUUUAUCCUCGUGGGUCGGAAAGGACUGUUGCACGUGGAAGGGAGUUGGUUGUAGCAAUAAAACAGGCCAUGUUGUGAAGCUUGAUCUGCAUAAUCCAAUUGAUGAUCCAAAUUUCGAAAUGAACCAACUGGGUGGUCAGAUAAGUCCUUCCUUACUCGAUUUGAAUCAUUUGCAUUACUUAGACUUGAGCAUGAAUGAUUUACGUGGUCCAAUUCCUGAUACACUUGGAACGUUGACCUCUCUUACAGUCCUUGACCUUUCAUAUAACAACUUCAAUGAUUCAAUGUUGUAUUAUUCUUUGUGUAACCUGAGCAGUCUUGUCUAUAUAGAUCUUAGUUCUACUAGCCAUAGAGGUGCAAUCCCCCAUUGCCUUGGGAAUCUUGCUUCUCUUUCCAUCCUCAGGUUGAAUGAAAAUUAUCUUCAAGGUCCAAUUCCAAGUGAGAUGGGAAAUAUGACACAACUUAUAGAGCUUGACCUCUGUUGGAAUGCGUUUCAAGGUCCAAUUCCAAGUGAGAUGGGAAAUAUGAUACAACUUACAGAGCUUGACCUCUCUUGGAAUGCAUUUCAAGGUCCAAUUCCAAGUGAGAUGGGAAAUAUGACACAACUUACAAGGCUUGACCUCUCUUGGAAUGCGUUUGAAGGUGAAAUACCAAACUCCAUGAGGAACCUCUGCAACUUGCGUGUAUUGGAUUUGUCCAACAACAAAUUCAGUGGAAAGCUUUCAACUUCAGUUGGAAGUCCAUUGGGUUGCAUCCAUAAUAGUUUGGAAGAUUUGUCUCUUUCUUCAAAUAAGUUAAGUGGUGGUCUGCCAAACCAUUUGGGAGAGUUUAAAAAUCUAGAGUGGCUUACUAUUGGAAACAAUUCAUUUUAUGGUGCGCUGCCAUCAUCACUCGGAACACUAUCAUAUUUAAGUGUGUUAGAUACCGGAGACAAUCAAUUGAAUGGGAGCAUUCCAAUUAGUCUUGGACAACUUUCAAAACUAGAAUGUCUAGAUUUGUCAAAAAAUGCAUUUGUUGGCACCGUAUUUGAGCUUCACUUUGCCAAACUCAAGAAUUUAAGGGUAUUGAACUUGCAUUCAAAUUCUUUAGUUUUGAAUGUGUCCUCCCAAUGGGUUCCUCCCUUUCAACUCCAAUUCAUAGAAUUGUCAUCCAUCAAAGUAGGACCCCAAUUUCCUCAAUGGCUCGAAACACAAAAAAAUGUUACAAGGUUAGACAUGUCUAAUGCAAGCAUCUCAGUUGUCAUUCCUGAUUGGUUUGAGAGUAUUUAUUGUGGCAUUAUAUACUUGGAUCUUUCCAACAACCAGAUCAGAGGAAGGGUGCCAAUAUUUCAAAACUGUAAAUAUAGAUAUAGUGCUCAUGGUAAACGGUUACAAUUGAGUUCUAAUAGAUUUGAGGGCCCACUAACACCGCUUCCUUCACAUGUUCAUUCCUUAAAUCUCUUCAAUAACUUGCUUUCAGGACCUAUUACUGUGAGUGGUGAUAAUGUAACGAUGAGCUUCAUAUAUCUUGUUCUCUCAAAUAACCAUUUGACUGGUGUCAUUCCAGUGUCUUUGUGCAAGGCAAAGCGUAUAACUCUUAUUGAUUUCUCAAACAAUAAACUAUCAGGAAAAAUCCCUCCUUGCUUGGGGCAGUUGGAUCAGUUGUCGGUGCUAGAUUUGACGAAUAAUAGUCUAUAUGGUGAAAUUCCAAGUUCAUUAGGUUCCCUACAACUUCUCAAUUCCUUGCACUUGCGUAACAAUAAGUUCCAUGGGAAACUUCCUUUGUCCUUACAGAAUUUCACAUUUCUUUUCAUCAUUGAUCUAGGUGAAAAUGUGUUCACUGAUAAUAUCCCUCCAUGGAUUGGAUAUAACCUAACUAAUCUUAAAUUUCUCAAUUUUCAAGCAAAUAAUUUCUAUGGUGAUAUUCCUUCGCAACUCUGUCAUCUCCAAAAUUUGCAAUUGUUGAACUUGGCACAAAAUAACAUAACGGGAAAUAUCCCACGUUGUUUUGGCAACUUCACUGCCAUGGUUGCACUAGACCGUGGGUACAAUUUCAAUGCAACUUAUCAUUUUGGGUACAAUUUCGAUGCAACUUAUCAUUUUAGAGGAAUUUAUGACGAGAAUAUUUUGGAUUCAAUGAAAGGAAUAGAAUUGGAAUACACCAGGACACUCAAAUUUCUCAUCUCCAUGGACCUUUCGAACAAUGGCAUUGUUGGAGAGAUUCCAGAAGAGUUAAUGGAUCUUUUUGGGUUGAUGAACUUGAAUUUAUCUGGAAAUCAUCUAAAAGGAAGGAUCCCUAAUAAUAUUGGCAAUUUGACACAAUUGGAAUCUCUUGAUUUGUCUCGAAACAAACUUUCUGGCCCCAUUCCUCCAAGUCUGUCUAGUUUAAGCUACCUAAGUCAUUUGAACUUGUCAUUCAAUAAUUUAUCAGGGCGAAUACCAACGGGAAAUCAACUUCAAACUCUCAACGAUCCUUCCAUUUAUAUAGGCAAUGAUGGCCUUUGUGGUGCACCACUAAACAGCUGCAUCGAUGAUAAAUCAUUUGAUGGUGAUCACAAACAUGCUGAUGAGAGUAAAGUUGCAGAUGAAACUGUUGUUUUGUGGUUCUACACCGGCAUUGGACCUGGUUUCUUGGUUGGAUUCUUGGGGGUUUGUGGCACUUUGAAUUUCAAGAAGUCUUGGAGGUAUGCAUACUUCCACUUCAUCGAAAACAAUUACAAUUGGAUAUCAAUAAACAUAGCAAUCAAGUUCGCCCAGCUAAGGAGGAAGGUCAACAAAGGCACAUUUGGAGGAUGAAUUUAUCACCCAAUUGGGUCUUAUAUUCAGCUGGAGAAAAGAGCCUCAUAGGAAAGCAACAUUGAGAUCAUGUUAUGAAUUUUCUUGAGUUGUUGGAAAGAAAUAAGUUUGUAUAAUUCUAUAGUUCUAGUAUCUAUGUUGAUGGGGUUUGAUGAUUUUGUGCCUUUUGUAAAAUAUUCGAAAGUAAGUCUUUCCUUAAAUAAAUGAUUUGUGAACUAUCAUAUUGUCCAGAAUAUGUUGAAGUCCAAUAGACUGUGUUUUGCAUAUAUGUGUAUUGUCCUUUUAUUGGUGAAUUCU